CUUGUCCUCUGUUAUCGGCCUUCCCUCAGCCAGAUGUAAACAAACUGCACCUCGCCUCAGCGCGGGAGGAGCCGGCAACAUGGUGCGGCUGAAGGUGCGGUGCAGGUGCAUCAUGGUGGUGGUGGUGGUGGCCCAGAUUUUCUUAGGGUUAUGGUUCUUUUCCCAACCUCUGGACCCUCCACAACAGUUCCUCCAGAGACUGUCCAGUGAGGGCGGGCAGAGCAUCCUGCACCUCAAGGACCAGCCAGCGUCCCAUUACUACGCCACCUUCGAGAAAGAGUUGUGUGUGAGGGAGGGCUCGGUGGUGGAGGAGAGCUCGGAAUCGCAGUGUGUGUGCCGCCUCGGAUGGUCAGGGCGACGCUGUGGGGUGCCGGCUGUGCUGAGAACGGCUCGGUGGUUACAUGACCCCAAGCUGACCGACACCCUUCAGCUGCGGAGGAGGGUGAAGCGCGUCAUCAUGCUGCUGCCUCUGUCGCACGAGUAUGAUAUUUUUGAGGCCAAUGUGAAUGGGCUGAGAGACGUGGUGGAUGUGUUCGUCAUCGGUGAGCAGAGUUUGAACUUUUCCGACCAUGCCUCUUUACCCCUACUAGACAAGCUGAAGAAUGGCUGGCUCGGGGAUCACCAGGAUAAGUUCGUUUACGUGCCUGCGAGGGAUGACGCCCCACGGAACGCUUCCCUCAUCCAGGGCCUUGUUCACGACGGCUUGCGGCUGCUGAGUGACAUGCGCCCUGAUGACCUCCUCGUCCUGACCAGCGGCGAGGAGAUAAUCAACCGUGAUGUUUUGGUCUUCCUCAAACUGUUCCAAGGUUACCCGUUGCCCAUUAGGUGUCAGUUCAAUCAGUUCUUGUACGGGUUCUUCUGGAAAAUGGAGGGCAGAAACGGCAAGAGUCUCCCGGAAAUCUGCAUCCUCUCAGUGAAGUUCUUUGCCAAUGCCUUCCAGUACCAGAUGGCGGCUUUAGCGGACGGGAGGAUAUCCAAGGAAACGAGAAACUUCCUCACCUCAAUAGACCAGCCGCUGCAGGACUGGACACUCCCUGAGGUCGGCUGGAGGUGCCAUCUGUGUCUCUCGAUUCCGACCCUAUUUGAAAAGUUCGCCAACCUGCCUCCGAGCUUACGGCCAAAGUGGUUUUCCGAGUCACCCGCCGACAUGCUCCCGUUCAUCCAGAGGCUCGUCAAGGUGGGCCAGGACGAGAACUUGAAUCGGGUGGGUAGAGCGAAUGUCCCACAGGAAGACUUUUUACCGCCUUUCGUGUGGCAGAAUCACGAUCGCUUCGCCCACCUGAUGGCCAACCCUUACGAGACCAUGUCCAUCCAUGAUGUUGUUUAGUGCCUUGUGUGUCAGGCUCGGUGUUGGUUGAAGGGAGUGAUGAUGGUGGACUAUAAUGCUGUGUUAGACUCGUUGUUCAUGGGAAAGAGAGACAAUGUUGGGCUAAGUUAUUGUUCUGAAGUACUAUAAUGAAGUGAAGAUGUUGUGUGGGUUGGAGAGACAAUACUAGCCUAAUAUAUUGCUAUUCAGUGCAGGUUACAUGUCGCCUAGUAAGAACUGAGAACUUAUAGAAGCGUUGUAUCUCACACUAUUGUAGGAGAGGCUAUGGUGGGUUAAACUGUUAUUAUAAAGUACUGAUAUGAGGUGCAGGGUUGUGUUGGUCGGAAGGACAGUUGUAGGCUAAUAUAUUGUUAUGCAGGGAAGGUUAUAGUCGCCUUCCAAGAACGGAGGACUUGUUGAAGUGUGUUAUCUUUUUUUCUUUUCUUUUUUUUUUUUUUUUUUUUUUUACGGCCCAGUCCGUUCUGGCGCAGGCGAGUGUUUAUAGUGGUGCCAUCUUGCACUAUCAUGAGUAAGGACAUGUAUAGUGCCUUGGGUGUGUAGGUUUGCGUUCGGCGGAGAGGCAAAGGAAUGUGAAGUGCAGUUUGCCUACCGAAGAACGGAGAACUUAUUGAAACCCUAUAUCUAUCAUGCAUAAGAACAUAUUAACGGACAGUGAAAGGUAGUGAACUAUAUAAGGCUUGUAUUAGUGGGUUGAUGGUGAACUACACUAUAAUUAUGAAGAAAUGGGAAAUGCAGACUGCUUACUAAUGACUGAGAUAACUUAUAGAAGGGUUUUAUCUUACACUAUCAUAAGUAAGAGUAUGUUAAUGGGCAAUGAGAACUAGUUAACUCUAUUUGCCCAUGUUAUAAGAAGGGAAAAUAAUUGCUAUUCUCCCUAAUAUCUUCUAACUAUGUAUAACUUACUACGUACUACUAUUACGGAUGAAGUCUUUAGUUAUGUUUAAUGUUGAGGGCUUUGGAAGUAGUUUGUCGUUAGAAGCAGUCAAAAACGUCUUCAAAAGUGUGUAUAACUUCCUACCAGAUAAGUGAAGUCUUUGGUUUGGUUUACAUUGAAAGGGUAAAGAAAUAGUUUGUCGUUAGAAGCAGUUAAAAACGUCUUCAAAAGUCUGUAUAACUUCCUACCAGAUAAAUGAAGUCUUUGGUUUGGUUUACAUUGAAAGGAUAAAGAAGUAGUUUGUUGUUAGAAGCACUUGUAAACGUCUUCAAAAGUGUGUAUAACUUCCUAUCAGAUAAAUGAAGUUUUUGGCUUGGUUUACAUUGAAAGGGCAAAGAAGUAGUUUGUCGUUAGAAGCAGUCAUAAACGUCUUCAAAAGUGUGUAUAACUUCCUACCAGAUAAGUGAAGUCAUCGGUUUUGUUUGCUGCGAAAAGCUAAGGAAUUACAGUCGUCCCUCAAAUAGUACGGUUUCCAAUAGUUCAGUUUCAGUUUUAUACAGAUUGUCAUAGAAGAUCAUUUAGGAUUUUUAAAUUUCCUGCUCAUUAGGAUAUUUAGAAAUCCUUAAAAAUCUUCUUAGAAAAUCCACACAAAACCAAAACCGAACUGUUGGAAACCGUACUAUUUGAGGGACGACUGUAGUUUGUCAUUAGAAGUAGCUGGAAACAUCCCCAAAAGUGCGUAUAACUUCUUACUGAACAAAUGAAGUCUUUGGUUUUGUUUGCUGCGAAAGGCCAAGAAAGUAGUUUGUCAUUAGGAGUAGUCGAAAAUGUCAUCAAAACUGCGUAUAACUUCUUACCAGAUAAAUGACAUCUUCAGUUUUGUUUGCUGCGAAAGGCUAAAGAAGUAGUCUGUUAGUAGAAGCAGCCAAUUGCAUCAUUAGAGCUGGAUGUCGUAACUUGCAUCCCGUGAUUCUUGGCCUGAAUCUUCGUUACGCGUCUCUGUGAUAGAGACAAAGUUUAGUGCCUGAAGGAAGCUCUUAGUGAAGGAGGUGGUGGAGGAGAACUCAAGAAAAUGUCUCGCAGUGUAAUCGUAGGCUUGCUAAAACUCUUCAUUUGUAAGUGUAGACAUUUUCGAUCAGUGACGUACUUUCUGCACUCGGUGAUGGUGCGGAAAGCUGAUAUAUGGGUACACAGUGAGAAUUGAGUUGAGAAAGUUGCAGAAUUCUAUGAGGUAAAUUGUUGCGCUAAAUACGUAAUACUUUCCCACUGUGAACCGCCCUCUGAAAUAAGCUAUGUGUCAGGGAAUAUCGGUUAGAAAAUGUGAUGUUGCCUUGAAUCUCAAUUGGUUUUCUCGGACAAACUAAGAUAUUGGUCGGAAAUUAGAUUAAGAAAGGCUCAGUAUGAUGUAAAUUAUUGGGCUAAAUACGUAAUACUUUCCCACUGUGAACCGCCCUCUGAAAUAAGCUAUGUGUUAGGGAAUAUCAGUCAGAUGAUGUGAUGUUGCCUUGAAUCUCUAUUGGUUUUCUCGGACAAACUAAGAUAUUGGUCGGAAAUUAGAUUAAGAAAGGCACAGUAUGAGGUAUAAAUUAUUAGGCUAAAUACGUAAUGGAUUCCCCGUGUGAACCGCUCGCUAAAAUGAUCUAUGUUUAAGGGAAUGAGGGUCAGAUGAUGUGAUAUUGCUCUGAGUCUCUUAUUGGCUUUCUCGGGCAAACUUAUACGAUAUUAGUGAAAGAGAGAUUUUUCACAAGAAACCAAAACUGAACAAAAUAUGAAUCAGAUGAUGUGAUGGUGCUCUGAAUCUCCAAUUGGUUUUCUCAAAUGUACUUAUGUGAUAUUUGUCGGAGAGAAACUUUAUCACUAAUACAAAAUCAAAACUCAACAAAACUUCUCAUUGAUAUAAGAAUACUUGGUGUAGUCUCAAACUUCUGUGUUAUGAGACUGUCUCAACACCAAACCUAUACGAUAUUAGUCAGAGAGAGAGAAACUUUACCACAAAUAAGAAAUCAAACUAAACAAAACUUCUCAUUGAUAUAAGAAUGCUUGGUGUAGUCUCAAACUUUUAUGUGUUAUGAGUCUGUCUCACACCAAACUUAUGUGAUAUUGGUCAGAGAGAGGGAGAGAAACUUCUUCACAAAUAAGAAAUCAAAACCAAACCAAACAAAACUUCUCAUUGAUAUAAGAACGCUUGGUGUAGUCUCAAACUUUUAUGUGUUACGAGUCUGCCUCACACCAAACUUAUACGAUAUUAGUCAGAGAGAGGGAGAAAGAGAGAGAGAGAGACUUUAUCACUAAUACAAAAUCAAAACCAAACAAAACUUCUCAUUGAUAUAAGAACGCUUGGUGUAGUCUCAAACUUCUGUGUUACAAGACUGUCACAAAACCAAACCUAUACAAUAUUAGUCAGAGAGAGAGAGAGAGAGAGAGAAACUUCUUCACAGAUAAGAAAUCAAAACCAAACAAAACUUCUCAUUGAUAUAAGAACGCUUGGUGUAGUCUCAAACUUCUGUGUUACGAGACUGUCUCAUCACCAAACCUAUACAAUAUUAGUCAGAGAGAGAGAAAGAGACUUUUUCACCACUAAGAAAUCAAAACUAAACAAAACUAAUUAUUGAUAGAAGAACGUUUGGUGUAGUCUCAAACUUCUGUGUUAUGAGUCUGCCUCACACCACUGGCUAUGUUAUCGUUAGCUCAGCCGUGGUUUGAUAUGUGCUGAGUGACUAAAGAAAACUCACUGUUGAUGGUAAGAACGCUUGUGUAGUUUCAAACUUCUGUGUUACAACUCUAUCUCACAGCACUGGCUAUGUUGUUCUUAGCAUGGGUGUAGUUUGAUAAGUGUCGAUUGAUCCUGAAAUGCUGCUACGUACACUGCGAGCAAGCUUUGAUUUAGAACUGACUUGCCUUUCUCGGGCUUUUGAGCUUUGGAAUCUCUUUGUAGGGCAGAGUUCUCAUUUGUCUCCGCUUGUAACUGAUGAAACGCCCUCGGCCCAAGUUGUCUGGCCGAGGGCGUCACACUGCUGGGUGGGUGGUGGCUUGACUUACCCCGUUCCAGCAGCUGUCAAGACCCUUCCCCAUCACUGCCUGGCUGCACACUGACACCCAGCUCCUCUAGGCUACAUUUUAACUCUCCUUUGGGACAUAUUUUCACUCACAGAAGAUGGAAAGUUGGAAAAAAGUUGCACAUGCUAUCGUCAUGAAGUCGUAGUGAACUUUUAUUGUUUUUUUUAUGUCCCUGAACUGCUUCCUCUACUGUAAUAAAAAAAUAAUAAAUGAUUGAUUGUUGGAAAGUCAGUAAUGCAGUUUGGAUAAAAAGGUGAAGGAUAAAGGAGUGAAGCUAAAAGAGUGAGCAGCUUCCUUUACUGAUAGUCGCUGAAAAGUCAAUGAUGUAGCCGCCCACUUCAAGCAGUCAGGAUUAAGAGGUUUUUAAGGGUUAGGGAGUGAAGCUAAAGGAGUAAAGAGUAAAGUUGAGGAGUGAACAGUGUCUUAACAGCUGUUGGAACGAGGUAUAGGAACGCAAGCCCAAAAAAUUCCCCUGGCAGGAGUUGUGUAUAGCCUACUUUCGUUGAGCCUUAUGAGCGUCAUCGCAGAGGUCCCAGACUUUGAAUAUCCGAAGGUGUAUAUUUUUAUAGUGUGUCGACGAUGACACUGUUGGUCAUUAUACCAUGUAGAUUGUUAGGUACUUAAAAGGUCUUCCAUUCUGUAGCGUCUCGGAGCAGAUAAUUAUUAUUCAUGAUGGUGCUGAGCCGAGACAUCCGACAAGACAAGCUCGGACCGCCACAUAUCACUAAGCCUGUAGAGGGCCAUAUUUAAGCCCAGGGGGGAGGCUGGGUUAGGAUGCAUGCCUCCUUUGAAAAUUUACUCAGUCAGUGAUGGAAUUUUGGCAUGUGAGUGAUAGUUUAUGACGGCAUAUUCUUAGAAGCAGCCGAAAACAUUGUCAAACGUGCGUCUGACCUUACUGGAUAAAUGAAGUCUUGGGUUUUGUUUACUGUGGAAUUACUAUUACUAGGCAUGUAAGUGAUAAAUUAUUGGUUAACGCUGUCGCAAGUAUGCCCAAAUAUGCUGUGCCGAAGUAACCUUUUUGGGGUGCAUAUUCAAGCCUAAGGAGAGGUUGGGAUACAUGCCUCUUCUUGAAAAUUUACUUGGUCACUCCUUACGAAAAUUUGCUUGGUCAGUGAUUGAUUUUGGCAUAUGAUAGUUUGUUCAUGACCCUUCAUUGCUUAACACUAUCCCAAGCAUGCUAACUAACCUAACUCUCCCCUCUCUAGAUAUGGCCCUGAGCAUACAUCAUACACUUCUCUAUAUGCUAAACAUGCAAGGUCACUAUAGUAGUAUGCAGAAUAUAUAUGUCUUAAGAAAGGCCAUUCCUAAUAUUCCCAACGCUAGAAUCAAAUAUUACUCACAACCAUCACUAGUUCCAGGCUUUUUGCGAGUGUAGACCCGCCGAAGGGAGGCAGAGAGAGGUGCGGGUGUGAGGGCAAGGUGGUGCUUACUGUCGUUCGUCAGUCACUCAUGGUUGGC